AUGGCUAGACACCUUUCUAUAAGCAACAACAAAAGUGUGAAUCGAAAAAGCAGCACCAAGUCACAAACACACUCUAUUAUGAUCCUCAAUGGAAUAGAGCUUCAAAAGCCUGUAAUUGAUUGGAUAUUUGGAAAAUGCAAGCUAUUGACUGCAUUAGAUUUUGAAAACUGUCCAAUAAAUUACAUUCCCAAAGAAUUGGGAAAUUUACUGCAUCUCAAGUAUUUCAACUUAAGAAAAACUAAGGUGUCAAAACUUCCAAGAUCAAUUAGGAAGCUGCAGAACUUUGAGUUCUUAGAUGUGAGAGAAUCUUUAGUGAGAGAGUUGCCCAUUGAGAUUAAUAGAUUCUUCAAAUUGCAAUAUCUUUUUGGUCGUCCUGCAUUAAAGGUGACAAUGGAGUCCCAUCGUUUAGAUGAUCUAUCACUUCUUUCAAAUUUGCUGACAGAAGAAGAUAUUGAUUGCUGUGACUUCUCCCAUGUUCAUAGACAUCAUUUAAAACAUUUACAAUUUGUUUCAAAAGGCAAGUAA